CAAAGAGACGACGGAGCUGUCAAACACCAACAGUCGUCUGAAAUAUUAUCCCGGGCGGUACAAAAUAGAGAAAACAGAACUCACCAUACUUUGCUUUUUUUUGUGCAAACAAGGACGACAGAAACAGACUUCGAGUUCACUUAGAGAAUUCAGCCUUUGGGAAUGUGGACUUCUCAACCGAUGCGACGAAAAACUUCUUGUUUUGUGUGUGUUGGUAGGGGAUCUCAGGCUAAUGUCUGUCAACGUUAGCUCUUGGCUUAGCUCGAGUUUUGUUGACAAACUAGCCAGUCAGCUAGUCACUGAGCUAGCUGCGUUGCAAACUUUGCUUCUUCGCGGUUAGCUUGUCGUCUUCGAUAAAUACUUUCUGGGGAAGGCAUGGAGCCCAGCUUGGACUGUUCUUGCAAACAUCUUUAUGUAAUGAAAACAGGCCUCCAAGGACUUACAAUACAUCUGUGAAACAUGUGAAGUCCUUCUCUUCAGGGUGGACUUCUCAGUUACAAGCAGUGAGGAACUAGUUGGAAACACCUUGGACCCAACCAGGGUUUGUCACCGGGGGUGUCCUAAACAAAAUUUAAAACUGAAGUCUAUAAAAAGGCUCAUAUUACCCUCACUGGUAUCACCAUCUUUCACAUCACCAUGGACCGGAAUAAACGUAAUUCCAUCGCCGGGUUCCCUACACGACCUGAACGCCUCAAUGAGGACAGGGACGGUAUCGGAGGGGUAGGGGUCUGCGAGAUGGCCACGGGUCCUCCUCCACAGGUGGGCAGGGUGUGGCCAUCAUCGUACAGAGCCCUCAUCAGUGCCUUCUCCUGUCUUACACGCCUUGAUGACUUCACCUGUGAGUGGAUUGGUUCUGGAUUCUUCUCUGAUGUCUUCAAGGUACGUCAUCGAGCUUCAGACCAAGUUAUGGCGCUAAAGAUGAACAAGCUCAGCAGCAACAGGGCUAACAUGUUGAGAGAGGUCCAACUAAUGAACCGGCUUUCACAUCCAAACAUACUCAGGUUCAAGGGAGUGUGUGUCCAUGAGGGGCAGCUUCAUGCUCUGACAGAGUACAUCAAUGGUGGAAACCUGGAGCAGCUUCUCGACAGCAACAAACACCUGAGUUGGCCCUCCAGGGUGAAGCUGGCCUGUGAGAUCGCCAGCGGUCUGGCCUACUUGCACUCUAAAGGCAUAUUCCACCGGGACCUCACCUCCAAGAACUGCCUGAUCAAAUGUGAUGACAACGGCUACACAGCAGUGGUCGGAGACUUUGGCCUUGCAGAAAAGAUCCCCACCAAUCUUGCCGAAGGAGAGAAGCUCUCAGUCGUUGGUUCUCCUUUCUGGAUGGCUCCAGAGGUGCUGAGAGAUGAACCCUACAAUGAGAAGGCUGACGUAUUCUCCUAUGGAAUAAUCUUGUGUGAGAUCAUUGCGAGGAUCCAGGCUGACCCUGACUUCCUGCCCCGCACAGAGAACUUCGGCCUGGACUACCACACGUUCCAGCACAUGGUUGGCGACUGUCCGCCUGACUUCCUCCAACUGGCUUUCAACUGCUGCAAUAUGGACCCUAAGCUCCGUCCAUCCUUCCCAGACAUUGUCAGGCACCUGGAGGAGAUUCUUGCUCACCUUAAAGUUGAAGAGAUGGAGCACGAGUGUGUCCCGCUCAGUGGAGACAACGACAAGAAGACCAUACCCAAAGGUGAGAAGAUCCAAGGCUUCAAGCGACUGAACCCUCUUGGUUUCCAGGACGACAAAAUCCCACCAAAAUCACCGCGUCCCCGUCGGAACAUCUGGCUCAGCCGCAGCCAAUCAGACAUCUUCUCCUGCAAGCCAGUAAGAAAAGUCAACGUCCAAGACCCUUACUAUAACCCCCCCACUACUCAGCGAGCCUCCAAAGCCCGCAAGAUCAACCCGUUCACCGCCCGAGAGGACCUGCGUGGGGGCAAGAUCAAGUUUUUCGACGUGCCCAGCAAGUCUGUCUUCUCACUGGUGUUUGACCUCCACUCACCGCCGGGGAGUGUGUUCAGUAACCAGCCGUCUGCUCAUGGAGCUGGGGGGCCCCACCAGGAGGCGGCUUAUUACUGGCAGCAGCUGCCUGGAAGGCAGUGUCACUCCUUACCAGUGUCGCCCCAACUGCCCCGCUCCGAGGUCUUCCACCUCGCUGCUGCUGUUAUCUCCAAUAACAAUGGUUCUCUUACCUGUAACUCCAGCCAGCUGUCCACUACACUGCCAGCGACUAACUCCAGGUCUGACGCAGGCCUGACUGGAAAUGACGCCCGACAGAAAACAUUGCUGGGUGGCUGGGCGAAGAAAUACGUUGUGGUUGAGAUCCCACCUUACUGCAGGCAGAGAGGAGGGGAGGAGGAUGGAGAGGUAGAGGAUAGGAAGGAGGGAAACAAGGAGGACUUGUUUGGGGAGAGUGGGUCUCCAAUGGCCCCCAGCAGUGACAGAGACAGUGGAGAGGCGAUGGACUGCUCCUGCAGCCUGGAGGAAGAGGAGGAACGAGAAACAGAGACAGAGGUCUGCCCAAUGUAACACAUUUAAACCCACACACUCACAUGGACGAGAUGGUGGGGAGGAUGUGGUCAUUUUGGACAAGAGAUGGGGGACUCUGAGUCCCGACUGUGAGGACACGGACAAGUAGAUUGACAGACUGGAUGCAUUUCAGAGGUUUUGGAAAAACGUAACGUAAAAGGAAAAAUAAAAGCACUUGAUAUAAUCUCUCAAGUGAAUGUAUCACAUGUUCAGUAAAUCAAGCACACCUGAUUUAGAUGAAUAUUUUUCAAAGCUAUCGUCACCCAGCCGUGACGCUUUUCAGUUAGCUCAAACAAAGAAAGCUUUUAUCAACACAGUGGACACUCGUAAUAGAGAUUAUUUUUUGAAAGGUUGUUUAUAUUUACUAUUGUGAGAUGAUGUAGAUUUUCUUCCUUAAACAUUUCGUACAUUUAGGCGCCUUGUCUAUGACAGGGGGCACUGAAGAUCCCUUGUGUUGUGUAUGUGUGCAUUUAAAAAUCAAAAAAUGUGUUUUGAUACUUUGCCCGUGUUCUUUAUUAGAUAAAUGCUUGAACUAAAUCUAAAAACAUCAUCCACAUCUUUCUGAUCACUCAGACCACGCGCUGACAUUCAGUUGAAAAAGAAAAAAAAAAAAGUUGAUGAUUUAUAAUAAAUGUGCGCCUAAAGCACAACACGGAUGA